AUGAAGUUCGGCGGAAGCAGCCUAGCGGCACCUGAGAACAUCCGGCGCGUCGUGGGCAUCAUCGAGCAGGAGCUUCCGUCUCGGCCGAUCAUCGUCCUCUCCGCAGUUGGGAAAACGACCGACCGUCUGGUGGAAUAUGGAAGGAUUGCUGUUACGGAGCGGCAAGUUAAGCUCUCCGAACUCCACGAUUUUCAUGAGCAGCUAAUCAAGGGCCUAGGUCUGCGUGAAGACGACGUGCCAGAUGUGUGGAAAAUUGAAGAAGAAAUCUACCGGCUCCUCACGGGCAUUUCCCUCAUUGGCGACAUAUCGCAUCGCACAGAAGAUCUCCUCAUGAGUUACGGAGAGAGAUUGUCCGUGCGCAUCGUCGCCGCCUACAUGAACAAAGCCCGUGGACUGCCGGCGCGUGCCUUGGACGCCUGGGAUGUCGGCAUGAAAACGUCAACAAGGUCGGGAAGCAGCCAGUCUCUGAGAGGUCAUGUGGACGUUUUGCCUUCAGCAUACGAAGCGAUAGGCGCAUUCUUUGCGCCGUUAAGUAGUUCGUAUUCCUACAUCCCUGUCGUCACAGGCUUCAUUGCGAAAGACAAACACGGCAGCGUCACCACACUCGGCCGAAGCGGCAGCGACUUCACUGCAGCUGUUGUCGGCGCAGCCGUGCAGGCGUCGGAAGUCCAAAUAUGGACGGAUGUUGACGGCGUCCUCACUGCUGACCCUCGGGUCGUCAAGGGCGCUCGCAGCGUCGAAACGAUUAGCUUCGAUCAAGCAUCAGAGCUCGCCUACUUUGGGGCGAAGGUGAUCCACCCCAAAACGAUGCUCCCCGCCAUGAAGCACAACAUUCCUGUUCGAGUCAAGAAUUCCUACAACCCUGAGCACCCCGGCACCCUCGUGGUCCAGGCAGAGCCCUCUGGUGGCGAUGCCUCUCUGGCGGCAGUGCCCGACGGAGUGACCGCAGUGACCUACCAGAGAGACAUAACGGUUGUCGAUGUGAACUCAACGCGGAUGCUCGGAGCCCACGGGUUCCUUGCGCGCCUCUUUUCCAUCUGCGACCAACUCGACAUUUCGAUCGACGUCGUCGCGACGUCAGAGGUUUCCGUUUCGCUUUCGCUAGAAAAAGACACGUCGGAAGACAAAAUCGAAAAACUGCAGGAAUGUUUGUCCUCCUUCUCAACAACGUCCGUCCGAAGAGGGAAGGCUCUCGUCAGCAUUGUCGGGAAUCUGGAAAAUUGCAACGAGAUUGUCGCCCGGACUUGCAUUGCUCUCACAAAGAUAGGGGUCACAAUGCAGCUCAUCUCGUGUGGAACGUCCAAAGUCAACCUCACCUUCUGUGUGGAAGAUGCCGAGGUCCACCGGGUCGUUCAGGCCGUCCAUGACGCCUUGUUUGCUCAGGCACCCACAGCUGCUUCUACGCCUUCCGUGGAGUCUCUGACUAUGUGA